GAUACCACCAGCCGUCAGACGCCAGUAUCAGCUCCGUCCGCAGCCCGCUGUGGGAGGGAAGAGGAGACGUUCCAAAUUCCAUCAGAUCUGUGUUCCCAGCCGUCACGGAGAAAGCACUGGACACAUGGAUCGACCCGUAUGAAAAUCAAAGAUCACUAGUUACACGCAACCCUUUUCAUGCAGCGCCUCACAUCAUCUUCAUUUCCCAACUCUCAGCAUCCUUCUCCGUGUAUACACCAUUGCCCCCAUCAAUAUACUUACGUCAGCUCGACAAUUGCUGUCGUCUGUCCCAUUUCACUAUGCUUUCACGCAUCCAGCUAGCCGCUGCUCUGAUUGAAUACGAUAAUGACGAUGACCUGGUGGCCAAUAUUCCAUCUCAACCUCCUCGCAACUGGAGAGACUCCGCCAUCUUCACACCUUUCAUACAGACUCAGCAGGAGGAGCGUCGCCGCAAAAUCCUAGCUCAACCACCUCCAGUAUUGCCCGGUGUUUCAUGUCAAGAAACGGGUACUUCAAAUAACAACGAAAAACAUCCAGCGCCGCGAUCAUACAAGGGAAUUACUGAAGAUCCGGAAGAAAAUAUUGCCGAUAAUGUGGACAUCGAUGUCGGUGACUGGGGACUGCCUUCACAUCUCGUUUCCGAGCCAGUCAGACCUAGACAACGUGCCAUCUCGCAACCACUCUCGAUGCUUUCUGCUCAAAGGGCCUCCAAACCUCUUGCCCUUAAGGAUGACAAUUCCCCUUCUGGUCUGAGAGACAACAGCGGAAGAAGGGCGUCACUGGAUCAGUACAGGACUCGCCAAGCUUGGGCAGAGCCCCAGAACCUCGAUCUAGCCCUGGGACGACACACCGCCAUGGGUCUCCAAGACGGCACGACUCCUCUUCCCAACUCGUCUUCACCGAUUGCUACCCUUAGACCCAUCACAGCAAGACAGGAACUCGAUACCUUCAAAGAAAGAAAUAUUCCCAAUGACUCAGAACCUAAUCCCUUUGCCUUGCCUGCUCUUGGGCGGCAAACCGGGUCAAGAUUUGAUCCUGAAGAGCGGCACAGAUCUAGCCUCAACUCUGCAAAUGGGCUUGCAAUGGGCUCUAAAUUACCUAAUGGCUUCACAUUAUCUUCUACAAACGUACCACGGCGGUGGUCAGCCUCUUCAAAAAUUGAGAAUUCUCUGACUGAACCAAUGCCAGACUAUAGCGAGAUCCCCACAGCCAAGCAGUUUGGACGCCCUCUAAUGCCCCCUCGAUACAGCACUUCUGCUGUGACACAAAUCAGCCGGAGAUCCCUGCGGCCGAACGUUUUGGUUAUGCCUAGCCCCUUGGCCGAUUCUGAAUCCCUGCAUCCUGACGUAAAGGUCCCUGAUGGCUUUGUUCGAGGUGAUAAGCCUCUUCCAGCCGAAGCGAAAACCAAAGGGCGUAGGCCCGGACUGCCUUUGAGUCUUAGUCAGAAAACAUUUAGGAGUAGUUUGCUAGUCGACGGGAAGAGGGAGGAUGAAGAGUAUUUUGUGGGGAGCUCUGAGAUUGAAGGCGAAAUAGGUGUUUCAAGCAAAGAUAUUACAAUCGAUGCAAUCCAGCGGCGCUCCGGGAAGCUGUAUGGGAAAAGCUUGAUAGACGAGCUUGAAGCCAGGAAAGCUAUGAUGAAAGGGAAGCGGAGGGUCUUCACAGGCGAUUUUAGACCUGCGAUGAUGAGUCGCUCGACCAUGUUCUUUGAACCUUCGUCUUUGGCUCCUCCGAGCUCGGACUUGAUCGUGGAUCCUAGUCAUUCUACAAAAAGUCGUCCAUCUACUUUCCACUCCUCUAAAGAUCGACCGCUGAUACAGUCAGACACUAUUGAUGGUGGUCAACAUAUGAGUCCAAGUGAUUCCAAUCACAGAGAUGCGAAAGGACGCUCUGUUUUUGGAGUGGAUCAUGUUUGGGAAUCGGAAAUGACCAAGCUCAAGUCUAGGCUGGACGAAGGUGCCAUGUCAGGAGAGGGUGAGACCCGCCGUGUAUCCAAAGAUUUGAGAAAGGAAGACAAGGAGGAUGAUGAGCACGGUGCGAUAGGUACAACAGUCGACCUGAGAGAAGACAAAGCACAUAUAGAAGAUAAUUCCUUGGCAAGGCAUCAGUUAAUCCCACCUAUCGCAUCUGGCCAGGAACCUGAAGAAGACCAGUCUCUUCUACAAGACCAAUCUCCUUCGCCACUCUCCGACAGAUAUUCUGAUGAAGACGUGCCUCUUUCAAAGAUUGCUCGUCGCUCGACCCCUUCAAAGGAAAGCUCAUCCGCGGGCAAUAAAACAGAGUUUACUCCUUCUAUAUCACCUCCCCUCACAGAUUCAGAAGAAGAAGUUCCUCUUUCCCAACUUGCGCUCAAAUAUUCUAGCGCACCUUCCACGAAAGGCGACGCGGCAAGCGAAAUAACGGCUCCAUCAAGACUUCAACCAUCCCCUUCGGCCGAUGGAUAUGACGAAGACGAAGACGACCUCCCGCUUGCUGUACGCCAAGCCCAAGCUAAAGGUCUCACACCUCCUAGCCGGGCGGAAAUCAUCGAAGAUGAGCUUCCCCUUGGGUUCAAGCAUGUCGAGGCUGUUCAACGAAGAAUGGCGCAGAGUCACAUGGUCGGCGGGAUGUGGGGCGACAUUCAGAACGAUGUCAACCGCGUAGGAACUGGGAUCGGCGCUCCUAACCCAUACAUGAUGUGGGGCGUACCCGGCCAUAUGCCUUUGGGCUUGCCACAGCCGCUCUUGAACUCAAGCACACCAUCGAUGCCUAAUCUCAACGUGUUAGAAGGCAAUGGAGUAUUCUCCUCCCCCGCUUCAAACAUAGAUAAUUGGCGGCAAGAGGUACGACCGCCUUCAGAGAGGGCGAGAACUGGGGACGACGGAAGAGAUCAACAGGUUAUCAGACAUAUGAUCAGCUGACACUACACCCGUAAUGCGAGGAAAUUUGCGCAAACAAAGAGUCAUUCAGCCUGCGUCGUUUAGUUUCCGGAUCACCAGAUCAUCUCCACUCGGCCUCAUCCUCUAUAAAGAAGUACCUAGAAGUCGCAAAUAAUCAGUAAUGCCACUGCCAUAGUAGCCACUGCACUGUAGUAGAAAGUCUUGUCGUUUCCAGGUUCGGGGUUUCUUCUUCGGUCCUUGCAUCGUCGUGAACCUAACAUUUCUGCCUUAACAUUCUGUAAAUACUGUUGUUGUAUAUAGUGGACAUUGCCGCUCUCUAAUGAUAAUUAAUUAAGUUGCAU